AUGACGAUAAAGGUUAUUCUUGGUGCUCAAUGGGGCGAUGAGGGCAAGGGAAAGUUGACCGACAUCCUUGCCCCUGAGGCACAGCUUUGCGCCCGAGCUGCUGGAGGUCACAACGCUGGUCACUCUAUUGUCGCCAAUGGAGUAUCCUACAGCUUCCAUCUUUUGCCAAGUGGACUUAUCAACCCCAACUGCCUCAACUUCAUCGGCAGUGGUGUUGUUUUCCAUGUCCCAAGCUUUUUCUCGGAAAUGGCCGCAUUGAUAGAGAAGGGCCUGCCCUCUGUAGAGGAUCGCCUGCUCGUAUCGGAUCGUGUUCACAUUAUCUUGCAGCAGCACAUCGCUGUCGACGGACUUGAGGAGAAGGAACUUGGAGGCAUUGGCCCUACGUACUCGAAGGCCUCAGCACGAGAGGGCGUUCGUCUCGUUGACGUUUUCAACAAGGAGCUAUUCGAUUCCAAGCUUCGACGCCUCGAGGCCGGUUACCGCAAGCGCUUCGGAGAUCUUUUCGUAUACGAUGUCGAGGAGGAAAUUGCUCGAUUCGACGAAUACCGACCGAAGCUCGCCAAGUACGCCGUCGAUGGUGUGUCUUUCAUGAAGGCAGCCCAAGAAGACAACAAGAACAUCAUCGUUGAGGGAGCUAACGCACUCAUGCUUGAUAUCAAGUACGGCUCAUACCCCUUCGUAACCUCGUCCAACACAACGAUUGGUGGCAUUAUCGGCGGACUCACCUUGAACCCCAAGAACAUCACCGAGACAAUCGGUGUUGUGAAGGCUUACACGACCCGAGUUGGCCAGGGAGCGUUCAAGACGGAGGACACCGGUGAGAUCGGAACCAAGCUCCAGGAGAUUGGACGAGAAUGGGGAACAUCGACCGGUCGUCGACGUAGGUGCGGAUGGCUCGAUCUUGUCGUUGUCAAGUACAGUGCUUCCAUCAACUACUACUCUGCUUUGAACCUCACAAAGCUCGAUGUUCUGGACACUUUUGAGACGAUCAAGAUUGCCAUUGCCUACAAGGUUGACGGAGAGGAACUCGACCACUAUCCCGCUGACCUCGACCUCCUUGAGCGCGCCGAGGUGGUGUAUCACGAGAUGCCUGGCUGGCAGAAGCCAACAACUGGUGCAAAGACGUUCUACGACCUUCCUAAGCAAGCCAGAGAGUACAUCGAGUACAUUGAGAAGUUUAUUGGGGUUAAGGUCAAGUGGAUUGGUACCGGUCCUGACCGCGAGGCCAUGAUCGCGCGCGCUUAA